GGAUUGUGACGCGCAGCCGGGGAGGCCACCGGGCUGGCCGCGGGCGCAAGGCACCGGGGCAGGCUCUGGGCGGGCUCGGCGCGGCCGUUGCGGCGGUUGGAGAGCGUUGCUGCCCGCCGCCUGCAGCGGGAGGUGCGAGGAGAUGCUCACGUAGCGUGACAGAAGCUGUUGUACAUGCUUCAGCCCUGAACCACCUCCUCAGGUAUCCUGGCUCUGGAGACUGCUAUGGGAGAUUGGAUGACUGUUACAGAUCCAAGUCUGUGUACAGAAAGAAAGAAUCUCUCUCAAUAUACCUCAGAAACAAAGAUGUCUCCAUCAAGUUUAUACUCCCAGCAAGUGCUAUGCUCUUCAAUACCUUUAUCAAAAAAUGUACACAGUGUUUUCAGUGCCUUCUGCACAGAAGAGAACAUUGAACAAAGUAUUUCAUAUCUUGAUCAGGAACUGACUACCUUCGGUUUUCCUUCCUUAUAUGAAGAGUCCAAGAGUAAAGAGACGAAGAGAGAAUUAAAUAUAGUUGCUGUCUUAAACUGUAUGAAUGAGCUGCUUGUACUUCAGCGGAAGAACCUUCUGGCCCAGGAAAGCGUGGAGACGCAGAACCUGAAGCUAGGCAGUGACAUGGACCACCUGCAGAGCUGCUACACCAAACUUAAGGAACAACUGGAGGCCUCAAGGCGAGAGAUGAUUGGACUUCAGGAGAGAGACAGGCAGCUACAGUGCAAAAACAGGAAUUUGCAUCAGCUCCUAAAGAAUGAAAAAGAUGAGGUACAAAAAUUACAAAAUAUCAUAGCCAGUCGGGCUACUCAGUAUAAUCAUGAUAUGAAGAGAAAAGAACGUGAAUACAAUAAACUAAAGGAGCGUCUGCACCAGCUUGUUAUGAACAAGAAGGAUAAGAGAAUAGCCAUGGACGUUUUAAAUUAUGUGGGUCGAGCUGAUGGAAAACGAGGCUCGUGGAGGACUGAUAAAACAGAAGCCAGGAAUGAAGAGGAAAUGUACAAAGUUCUGCUGAGUGACUAUGAGUGCCGCCAGAAGCAGAUCCUAACGGAGAACGCCGAGCUGAAGAAGGUCCUGCAGCAGAUGAAGAAGGAGAUGAUUUCUCUUCUCUCUCCCCAGAAGAAGAAACCCAGGGAAAGAGCAGAGGACGGCGCAGGCACUGCUGUUAUCUCUGAUAUUGAAGAUGAUGCUGGAGAGCUGAGCAGAGAGAGCGUGUGGGGCCUCUCCUGUGACACUGUGAGAGAACAACUUACAAACAGCAUCAGGAAGCAGUGGAGGAUCUUGAAAAGUCACGUGGAAGCCCUUGAUAACCAAGUUUCAAAGGUCCACUUAGAAGGCCUCAGUGAUGAGGAUGUCAUCUCACGACAAGACCAUGAACAAGAGACUGAAAAACUGGAGUUGGAGAUCCAGCAGUGUAAAGAAAUGAUCCGAGCGCAGCAGCAACUCUUGCAGCAGCAGCUGGCCACCACGUGUGACGAUGACACCACCUCACUGCUGCGAGACUGUUACUUGCUGGAAGAAAAGGAACGCCUUCAAGAGGAGUGGUCCCUUUUUAAAGAGCAAAAGAAGAAUUUUGAGAGAGAAAGACGAAGCUUUACAGAAGCUGCCAUCCGCUUGGGGCUGGAGAGAAAGGCAUUCGAAGAAGAAAGAGCCAGCUGGUUAAAGCAGCAGUUUUUAAACAUGACGGCCUUUGACCACCAGAACUCAGAAAAUGUGAAACUUUUCAGUGCCUUCUCAGGAAGUUCUGAUCCAGACAAUCUCAUAGCGCACUCGCGACCGCGGCAAAAGAAGCCACACAGUGUGGCUAACGGGGCACCAACUUCCACAUCAAAGCUGACGAAGUCUCUUCCUGCUUCACCUUCUACUUCAGACAUUUGCCAGACACGCCCCUGUGUGUCUGAACACAGGAGUUCACCCAAUGUGCUGACUCUAACUCCUGAGGAAACCAAGCCACAUGAGGUUGGAAGAGAAUGUGCGACUCAGAAGUGGAGUGUGGUGUCGAGACCCGGCUCGCGGGAAGGCUGCUACGGUGGCUGCUCUUCCACCUACACCAAUUCUCACCUGGAAAGAGACGACUUACCUUAGAUGCAGAGACUGCGGUGUUCUCACUCAAAUGUGCAUCCGAGGUCACAUCUGAGUUAAACAGGGUGUAUCAUAAAGUCGGUCAUCUAAUUUAAGAUGGUCUGGGUUGUUUGUCCGGACUUCCCGUCUUCCCCAAAGAGCUGCAGUGUAAGCUAUUGAAAAGGAUGCAAAAGCUUUGGGUGUGUGUUAGUGACAGAAGCAGCUGGCUCUGUGACUAGAGGGAUGUGUGGUGUUUGGAUGGGACAGAGGCACGGGUGGGCUUCCUCCUCCAGGUAUUGAAAAUAGCACUUUUAGGGGACUGAUUAUUGUAAACAUUAAAUUUUUGUCCCAGUAUGGUUGGCAUUGGAAGUUUAGCCUUUACUUGAAUGUAUACUGUAGAUUUUUAACAAAGCAAGUUCUAUAUUUAUUAUGUUUAGUGUGAUUUUGGGAUUACCUCUUUCAUAUGUUUUACAUAAAGUGAAAUUUAUGUAUGUUCUGUACAUAGAGAUAUACAUGAUUAUGUUGAGAGGCUUUAAGGUUUAAAAAUUUCACACAGUGCUUGAGUGUAGUAUUUCAUGCCAAUAAAAUGUUUUCAGUGGCAUUGUGUUUACAGAUGCGUUAGGACAACUGCCACAUGACAUUUAAGAUUUUAUUUUAAGCCAUCUGGGCAAUAGAAACUCAAAGCCACUCCAUGAAAGCUAAGUUGAGAUAACUAGAACUACUAACAUUACAUUUUUGAGAUUUUUAAAGCAUUAUAUUUUAUUUUAUAUAUGUGAAUGUUAUAAUUUCUAAGAGGAAUAUUGAUUAUGGAGUAAUGGGGGAAAGACAAAAAGAGUAUCUUUGAAUAACAAUAUAAGAGCAUUGGUUUAAGAUAUUUGGAUGAUAAAGGAUAUUUAAGAUAGCUGGAUGGUGAUAUUUUCCUUACCAAAUGGGUACCAGUAUAGUAAUAGCUGUACCAGCCAGGGCUUUAUAUCAUUGCCAAUAAUUUUGUAAUUAAAAAAUUUUCAACUAGAUACUACUACUAAAGAAAUAAGACAAUGUGAAACAUUGACUUUUAUAAUUGAGAUAUGACAUUCUGGACACUCUUGUGUCAUUUCGUUUUCAGAACAAUCUUAGGCUCUUUUGUCUCCAAUGUUUCUGCUGCAUGUUUCUUCAUGAGAAGUAUGUUCCUAUUGAUAGUAAUGACAAUAAUAAUAAUUGUAGAGGAGGCCCAGGCUUCUCUUGGAUGGAUUUUCAUCCAAAAGCUUUUAAGUGCCUCCCUGCUUGUUUGUCUCUGCACACAGAAGCCUACACAAGUCCUUGCUCCACAAUGCAGCUUAGGCUCGUCUGCCUUUCCCUCUCCUUGCCCCUGUUGUGGCUGUUGCAUUAAAUUCAUCAUGCUACCAAAAGAAAACUUGUGUCGUUCAUUGACGGCGUGACUGUGGGGUCAUGCAGCAGCGGCCAUUUGUCUGGCUGGCGCUGGUAAGACGCAGGACCUGAUGAGGCAUUGCUGUGAAGUAAGCGUCCUCUUGGUAGCAGCCGUGCCCGUAGUUCCAGGAGCUGGCUUGUGAGGGUGAGUCGCACAGUCACUUCUUUACUCUUUAAAGUCACUGCUAUAGUCCAGAGCAGCCAGCCAGCUGGGAUAAUUACCUUGCUGCUGCAGAAAGGCAAUCAAAGUGUGGAAGUAGUUACUGGUUAUUUCUGCCCCACAGGGGUCUGUCUCCAUGACAGCCUUUGUAGGCUACAACCCGUGCUGCUUUUCAUCAUAACUGUGCUGUAUUCCAUAGGAGGGUUCUCUGGAAAGGAACACCUGAUUUUUUGGCGGGGGUGGUGUCCAGGCUGAAUUGUCAGACUGGAAAGAAUUCCUUGAGACGUUAGGGUGCGAAGGAAACCAUAGAAGCCAGAUCCCCUUGCUAUCUGCCAAAAGCUGUGUAUCUUCCUAGCUCUCUUGUCUUGCUGCCCAUUCCAAUUCUAAAAUGAUCCCCAAUCACCCAGACUUCCCAGAGGGUUGGGUGGUACUGUGUUGCAAAGCACGAAUUGAUGGGAUUCUGCCUCUCUAGUGCAGGCAUUUGCUGUAUGCAAGAAACACAGCCAUGCUGGUGUCAUGGCUCAAUCGAUACUGUCAGUGUCUCUGCUCAGAAGCCUCCUGGUAAUCUUCCUGCUUUCUUGUUUAUCAACAUGGAAAUCUAAAACUUUGUAACUCGAGUUGGUUUUUACAUACUUGACAAACCCACUUUGAAUUUUCAAAACUUAAGAAUGGCCCUGAAAACUUGAUAGUUUCCUACUCUUAAGUAACUGUUAGUUAAAAUAAUUAGAAACUUAAUAGAAAAAUCAGUAACAGGAGGAAACCAUGGCUAAGAUUCAAUAAAGGAGUAUUUUCUUACAGAAGCAAAUAUUAAAUGACUCUGGUUUACAGGACUAUCCACAGCAAGUUGUUUGCCUCAUUCAUUAUAUAAAUGAAAUGCAGGAUGUUGUUUGGUUCCUAUCCUAGCUAAGUAGGAUUGUCCAAAACUUUGUGAUCACCUGAUUUUUGUGGGGAACAUGUUCUAUGCUGCAUGUUGAGGAGAGUGCCUGAAAUCCAAUUUUAACCUCCCUUGUAGGAGGUCCAUCUGGAAGGCCUCGGGACCCCAGGGGUGGCCUCUGAAGUGGGAGUUUGGAGCACUGUAGGUUAGCAGCCCUCUGAUUACCUGCUGUAAACGUUCUUAGAAUGACAUACACCGAUGUAGAGCAUGCUCUUGGGUUGAAUCUUGGUUCUUUAGUAAGUACCCUUUGCCCUAUGUUCGUGUUUUGUCUUCCCCUCAGUAAACAGGGGCAGAGGACCUGCUGUUAUGUUGGGUUUUGUCAUGUAGACCCCGAGGAUCAGAGGGGGGUAUACUCACCCCGCCACUGUCACUGAGAAUCCCUGAGUUGAAUGCCAGCUGCAAAACUACAUCGUUCGUCACACAUCUGGGCUGUUCCAGGUCCGCUCGUCCAUUUCAUAACAGCAGCAGUCCUGCUGGCCUUUCCUGUGGGGUACACUAUUGAAUUCAUGCAUUCGUUUGCAGGGCUUGUUUUUCACGAGUGUUGAUAUGCAAAGCAGCUAAGACUUCAUCCCCACUGGGGGAAAUGGAUCACCAUCCCACAGAAACCAAGCAGAGAUGAGAGCCCGUGGUGAGAUCAUGACGUGGGUGAUUUCAGUCUUUUUUCCUAAAGUGAGUGUUUGGUGAUUUUGUUUUUUUUCUCCUGGGAGCUGAAUGUAAAUUAGAAUGGAAUGGACUAUUGAUUAAAUGAUUUGAUCUAAAACCA